AUAUUAGCCUAUUUGGUAAAUUGUUGUUGUAUAUUUUGGAAACAUUUGUAGAUAUAAUAGACUUAAUUGUUGCAAUUAGUGAUCUAAUGUAGCCUGUACACUGGAAGUGGAAACUGUUAAACAAGCUAUUGGAAAGACACAUUUUUGAAAAUGAUCUUACAAAGGCGGACAUUUCACUAGGGACUUGGUCCCCUCCACAUUUCGAAAUUGCAUUAUUGUCCCCCUCUUCCACUUUUUAUGGGGCGAAUAUUAGGACGACGUGCUUCAGCACCUGGCAGUAAUUUCAGAGUGGCAGGCCAAGGCAACAAAAAACUACUCAGAACCAGAGGGUAUCAAACAUCUCGCCUCUUUGUUUCAUAAUCGUUUCUGCUAUGUGCAGCUAGAUGUCUUUGCAACAGAAGCUGCUUGCACGUGAGUUUUCCUGAAGCGAAGCAUUAUAUCGCAUAGUAAGGUGAGUUGGAUUGAGCUAAUUUGCAACCUUCUUUCUCACAAUGUUGUGCACAAGCAGGUAAAGCAUACAUUGCCCGCUCUCUCAUUGAUAUAGCGAGCUAGUUCCUGUUUCAGACAAGGUUGAUGGCAGAUAACGACCAAAUGUCUUACAGCUGUUUUGUAUGCUUUAUUGUAGCUAGCUAAUUUACUAAUUGAGCUACAUGAAGUUCGCUAGCUAGUUGAUUAGUUUUAAGACUGGCUAUAGAGCACUCUUCUAGCAUCAGUCUAGAUGAAAUCAUGUAAGAGAUUGACGACCGAUAUUAGGACGUUUAAGGAGAGUUAUCAGUUAUCUACCAAAUUCUUUAAUAUUAAAACAUUCUGUCACGCUGUACUACAUGUUUCACUGUCAUGGUAAUUCUCAGCAGGAUAUUCAACUGUGUUCAAUUUGAGAAUUCAGGAGCUUUACAAAAAAUGUUCACCCUCACCUGUAUCUUACAAACUUAAAUUUUAAUGUUGCUUGGCUAGUUUUAAAAUACUUUUUAACCAUCUUUGCAAUAGUGUUUUCCAUUUUCAGUGUACAUUUGCUCGGUGAAUUCUGAAAGACACAAGGGAAAGUUUUUACAACACCUCAUCCUUAAUUCUAACCUGCUUGUUUGGUACUAGAAAAUAGCUUUUAGCUGUUUUUGAUAUAAUUAAGUGAUGUUCUAGUACCACAUUAGCAGUUUGGCAUGAUCAUUCAAGAAUAAGAUGUUGGAGUAAUGGUUGUAGGAAAUGAGGCCUGUGUAGAUUUAAUCAAAGACUUAAAUAGUCAUGUUUCCAAAAUUAUCAUAGCAACUUCAUUCCAAGUUCAACAUUUUCUAUAUUAGGCUGGGCAACCUUUUUAACAACCUUCUGAAUACUCUAGGUGUGAUUUCUUUUGUGAAACCCAAGAAGAAAAUUACAAAAAUACUUUAAAAUACAGGUUGUGGUUUUUAAAAAGGUCAGGGUCUUAAUCUCUGUGAAUAAGCAAAUAUAAGUAAAUCUAGUUCAUUUGCACAAUCUGUGAAUUCCUUUAUGAAUGUAUCCAAGCCUUCCUGGAAAAGUUGUCAGCAUCCAAAACUUUGUACCUUCCCCAAAGUCCAGGCAAUCUAUAAAUACAACAAUAGGUACAACUCAGACUGAGGAAACAACAUUUACAAACAUGGCCAAAAACACAGCACACAAAGUUCUACUUUGCUUUUGCUCAGCUGUCCUCUCAAACAUUGUUACUGGUAAUGUUGGUGCCAAUAGCUGCUCCAAUUUCAGCCUGACAUUUGAUAACUUCUCUAUGCAGCAUCAGGAAGCAGUGCAGUGUGCUGGAAAUAUUACCGGGCAGUGGAACGAUAACCAGAUCGCUGAUUUGUUGAACUCUCUGCAAACACUCACAGAUAUUCUACAGGAAAAUCUAAAACAAUUUUGUCAGCACUUUAAACCAAAACGGUGUCCAGCCCCGGAACCCAUCAGUGACGGAGGAAUCGUGUGUGUAUCCAUUAACAAGACAGGUUACUGUAAACCCAUGUGCAAUGAGGGUUAUGAUUUCGCAUUCUUGAGGAGAAGUCGUCUGUAUGAGACGUGCAGUGCAGAUACCGGCUUCAAAUGGACAACCCAGUAUGUUGGAGGGAACCGGUUGGCAAUUUGUAACAAAUUUUCAGCUCCUGUUGCAGGCUUUGAGUCUGCUUACUUUCCCAAGGACCAGAACUGUUUGCAGACUAAGAGUAACAGUGAUCUGGAGAAGAAUCUCAUUAAGCAGUUUAUUGAUGAGCUGAAGAUUAAAGACGAUGUACCGACAAAAAAUGUCUGUCUCAUAUGUUGAUAACUGUAGCAUAUGUGGAGAACAAGCAGCAUCUCAAAGUCAUUCAAGUAGCCAGGGAUGGGAUUAACCUUACUUCUGCUCCAAGAAUCAUUUAAUUGUUGCCAGCUGCAUGUCUAUCAUUGUGCUCAGCAGAAAUAAAGUUUAUUAAAAAUAAA